AUGGUCAGCCAUGCUUGCUGUGUAAGCCUGUCUGUUGGCUGUUGCUAUAGUUACAAAAAGCUAAUGCAACCCAAUGAGCUAUCUGCUCUGCAGCCAUUUUCCUCCCUGGGAGCAGUGUGCUCUAUUAUGCCUGCCUAGUCUUGAUUUAAAAGGGGGAAAAUAUAUAUGUAGAGUGAAAGGUGCAGCAGUGUAGGAAGACACAGCCAGCAUAGCUGAGAAUGCCUUCCAUCUCCCAUCAUUACAGGCUGCCGGCUGCUGCUCCUGUGAGCUGAGUAUGGAAUGCAGGCUGAUAGUGCUGCAUAUCCUCUGUCAGGAAUGGAGUAGGUUUUUUUGUCUUGUAAAGGCAAGGUUCCUCUGCAACGUUAUCUGCACGGCUAAGUACUAGCUCUUCACAAGGAAAGCUUAGUGACCCAGACAAAGGGUGUUGCCCUUUUUGUAAGCCUUCUUUUUUUUUUUUUCCAUUCUAUCUAAUACAAGAAGACAGCAGUAGUGAAGAAGCAGGUGUAUUACCCAGCCGGCUCUGUGCUACUAACCACAGCCUCACAUUAUCCUUCCUGGAUACCUCUGCUCAGCACACCAAGAUUGCUGGUAUCCUGUGCAACCAAGGCACUCUCGGGAUUUGGGUAAAACCGAAACUGUUACAGCUGAAACCCUUGCUUUAAGUAAACACAGACUGCAUAGCUGAGAGCAACCCUAGUACCUGGCUGCACUUGUCCUGGAGGUCUGAGCGCACCUGACUGCACACGCGUCAUUCCUGCAUACUGGCUUUUCUUGGAAUCUGUGCAGCUCAAUAAGAGCAGGCAGUGGGUUUAAAAGUCCAUCUCAUACUGCGCUAAUGUUCUUCACGAGGCCAAACUGAAGUCCUUUUCAUUUAAAUCUGCGAAGUCAAGAUGAAUACAGAUAGCGGUGGAUGUGCUCGCAAACGUGCUGCAAUGUCUGUCACACUAACAGCUGUGAAGAGAGCGCAAAGUUCUCCAAAUCUAUUGGCUUCAGGACAGGAAUCCCACUCACCUGACUCAGAUAUCUGGAGCUCUUACAAUGAUUGUGUGAAAGAUGGUCUCAAUGGUGAUUCAAGUGGUUCCUCCCUUGCAGCAAAAGGCUAUAGAAGUGUCCGUCCAAACUUACAAGAAAAGAAAUCUCCUACUCAGACUCCAAUCACAGUUAAUGGGAAUUCAGGCAGCCCAGCCAGUCCUAUGAGCUACUAUCAGAGGUCCUUUUCUCCAACAUACCCCUCCCCACCGUCGCUCAACUCCAGCAUCAUGACCAUGCAACACAACAGAGCUUUGGACUCUACAGAAAGUUACUCCCAGCAAUACCAGUCAGAAGUAAGCCGAAGCAGCAGCACUAUACCAAUCUGCAGGACCUCGGAGGAAGAGAAGAAAGUCACGGUAAUUAAAGCACCACAUUAUGCUGGGAUUGGACCUGUGGAUGAGUCGGGAAUACCAACAGCAAUUAGAACGACUGUUGAUAGACCGAAAGACUGGUACAAGACAAUGUUCAAACAGAUCCACAUGGUCCAUAAGCCAGACAAUGACAGUGAUUUUUCUAACACAUCCUAUGCAUAUAAUACAGAUAUCUACAGCUCUGCUAUUCCUGCCUAUUCUCACCCUGCAGCAAAGACACAGACAUACCGACCACUAUCUAAAAGUAUCUCUGACAAUGGCACUGAUGUGUUUAUAACAUCGUCCCCACUGCCUCCUCCACCCAUACCUGUGCCUCCUCCGGCCAUGCCUCUCCGCACCAGGGAACUGUCCUCUCCUGAGAAGAAUGAAUGGGAGCCACCUGACAGGAAAGUUGACACACGCAUGUUUCGUUCUGAGCCUAGAAGCAUCUUUGAGUAUGAACCGGGAAAAUCCUCCAUCCUAGAACAUGAAAGACCGAAUGGCCGUAUAAACCCAGAUGAGAUAGAUUUAGAAAAUGAACCAUGGUAUAAAUUCUUUUCAGAGCUGGAGUUUGGACAUCCGCCUCCUAAAAAACUAUUGGAUUAUGUGCAAGAGAGUCCCCCUCGUGUGCCUACUGAGACAUCGUUAUACCAAUCAUCAAUAGAAAAGGGUAUUGAGAGACCUUCCAGUUCUGCAAGUGACUACAGGAAGAGACGGAAGUCUGAGCCCAGCGUAGGUCAUCAGCAAGCCCACGGUGACCAGACUACAAACAGAAACAGCCUUGGCAGAAUUGGAGCUCAAGUCGCAAACGCCUCUUUGCGGAAACCUUUCGUUAACUCCUCUCCUCCAUCUCCCUCACGGACAAAAGGUGGGGAUGUUAGCAGAAUGUAUCCUCCUCUAUUCACUUAUUCUGUUCAUAAGCCAAAUGCCUCGAACGCUGUAGAUUAUUAUGGGGGCUAUAGUCAUCACUUAGCAGUGCCUGAUGAUACAAAACGUUCCGUCAACUUUAAGAAUGGCUGGCAGAUGACUCGUCAGAAUGCAGAGGUGUGGAGCAGCACAGAGGAAACAGCAUCACCAAAAAUGAAGUCGAGGAGUUGUGAUGAUUUGUUAACCGAUGAUCACAACAACUUCUGUAGCACCCAGAUGAAAUCUGAAAGUUUGGGCUCCUUGUUAUGUGAAAAUAACUCCAAGGACAAUUCAUUUAAUUCUGAAAGCUGUGCUGCAAACAAAUCCAGGGUUCGCCACAGGUCGGCUCAUGACACUCCAGGGUUUUUAAAAUUAUACAGAAAAAUGCACCGUAUAAACCGCAAAGACUUAUUGAGCUCUGAAGUGAUCUGUUCCGUAAAAUCUCGGAUACUGCAGUAUGAGCAAGAGCAGCAAAAAGGUCUGUUGGAAGGUUGGAGGACAGUGUCUGAAGAAGUGCCAAGAGAUAUGGUUCCAACCAGAAUAUCGGAGUUUGAACGACUCAUUCAGAAAUCCAAAUCUAUGCCUAACCUUGGAGAUGAGAUGUUGUCUGCAGUAAACUUCGAUAUCUCCACCAAUCUUUCCUGCCCUAAGCGACGGUUUUCCAUUGAAUCAUUGUUGGAUGAAGAAACCCAAGAAAGGCAUAUACCUCAGGUACAGCACAAUGGCAAAGCUAAAACUCUAGUGCCUGUACAUAUCGAGGUAACAAGUGAUCAGAUUCCAAGGUCACAUGUAGAGUUUUCUGAUAGUGAUCCGGAAGCAGUUGUGUCUGAUCUUAGUGACUUUAUACAAAUUGAAGGAUCCUCCUUUUGUAGUGAGAGUGAUUUCGACCAUUAUUCCUUCACAUCAUCUGAAAGCUUUUGUGGGUCUGGGCAUCACCAUCACCACCACCAUCAUCACCACCACCACCAUCGGCACCUCAUCAGCUCUUGCAAAGGAAGGUGCCCAGCAUCAUACACGCGUUUCACCACCAUGUUAAAACAUGAGAGGGCUAAGCAGGAGAAAAGUGAGUCUUCAGGAAAGCGAGAAAAUGAUUCAGGCCUUUCCAAGAUUGCAUUUCUUGUUAGUCCAGUGCCUUUUCGUAGGAAAAAAUGCUCUACACCUAAAAGGCAAUCUGAGAAGAGCCGAUGUAAAGCAUCCGUGUUUGACGCUCUGGACUCUGCUCUCCAGGAUAUUUGUGACCAAAUAAAAGCAGAGAAAAGACGUGGGAGUUUACCAGAUAACAGCAUUCUGCACAGACUUAUUAGUGAGCUUCUUCCAGAUGUCCCAGAAAGAAAUUCUUCGUUAAAAGCAUUUCCAUUAACCACCGCUAAUCAGUCUUACUACCAGCUGCCUCAUGAUGGUGCUAUUCAUAACACACCAUAUCAAAAUGAUUGUGGAAGAUUGCCUAUCAGUGCCUCUUACCAGGAUGUGGAUGCAACCAACAACAACUCCCAAGAUAGUCCAUACUGUUUUCCAGCUGAUCAAGAUUCUCCCCGGAAUUAUUCCUCAGCAUUCACUGAUGUGAGCAGGAAUCCAGCGAGGAGGGGAGCGCAGGAGAAGGAGGCUGCUAGAGCUGUGUAUGAUUUCAAGGCUCAGACUCCCAAAGAGCUGUCUUUUAAGAAAGGAGAUACUGUGUAUGUCCUCAGGAAAAUAGACAAGAACUGGUAUGAAGGAGAACAUCACGGAAGAGUGGGGAUUUUACCAAUUUCUUAUGUUGAGAAAAUUAGCCCAACAGAGAGAGUCCAGCCAAUGCGACCUCCACCACCCGCACAGGUUCGCGAGAUUGGAGAAGCAGUAGCCAAAUAUAAUUUUACUGCUGACACAAAUGUGGAGCUAACACUCAAGAAGGGUGAUCGAGUGACGCUUCUUAAGAAAGUUGAUCAAAACUGGUAUGAAGGUAAAAUACCAGGAACUAGCAGACAGGGCAUCUUCCCAGUGUCCUAUGUGGAACUAAUCAAAAAGAGUCCUUCUAAAAACCCUGGUGAAACCCCUGAACGUUCUCUUUCUCAAAGCUAUUCAAGUGAUAGGAUGCAUAACUCCAGCACAGCCACGUUGGCUUCAUCUAAAAGACUUCGCACUCCACCCCUUACUUUAAGACCAGACUCAAGCUCACUUACAGACUCUAGUAAGGGGAACUUAGGAGCUGUGACCAGUGAAUGGUUAUCACUGACUGUUGGCUUAUCACCUUCAACCACACCCGUCCCAACUCCACCACCCUUUAGUGACCACUUUGUUCCCAAGGUAGAGAAGCCAAAUUCUACCCCAUUAACUGUUUUACAGUCUGAACAGUUUUCGUCGAAUGAUAUCUCUUCCCGAAUUAAGGACGGUCAUUUUGUUCCCAUUACUUCACCAAAAACACUUUCAAGUGGUCAGCAUCUUACCAUACCUUCACCAUUUACUGACACAACACUUUCCUCUCCUAUAAUUCAGCAGCUUGAGGUUCCUUCCAUGUCUGCAACUAACACUGAUCACAGUCUGACUGUAAAACAAGGAAAAUACCCUGCACAGACUCAGUCUAAAGGACCAAUAAAUGGCAAACAAGUCACAGAAGGUUAUUCAGAUCAUAUCAGUCUAUCGGAGACUCCCAGAAUUGGCCUGGUUCUCUCAGAGUGUGCAACAGGGUCAGCACCAAGAAAACCAACAUCCCUUGACGAACAGGAAGAGGAGAUCUGUGAGGAGCUGAUGACCAUUAUCCAAGGAGAUCAUCUGGCAAGUCAAGAUUCGGGGUUUUAUAGAUGUGAGCCUCAAACAGAGCAACCACCAAGACUCUACAUAGAGGAAGACGGGGCAAGUGAAAACUUAAACCCUUCCAUUGAAACUAUAGUACAUCCUAUUGUAUGUCUCGAAGACUAUUCAGCCAAUAUCAAUGCAGAGAGACCCUCCAUUUCUGCUGGAGAGCAAAGGUUUCCUGCACCUUUUUCUCCCCAACUUUCUUCUAGUCGUCCAUUUCAUGCUGAACACACGUCUUCACCUCCACCAUGUCAGUCCACUGUAUCACACUUCUGUCCUCUAACCAAAUUCCCAUCCAGACAGGAGACACAAUCUCCGCGACUGAAGUCUGUUUAUAAAAGUGACCUGAUAGUUGUUGGUAAGCCUCCUCGUAGUCCUGUGAUGUCUAGGAAAGCCUGCAGCUCACCUGUGAAAAGCCCCAAAACCACACAAAGGCAGCGAGCUGUAUUCACCCAUGAAACCAUCCAAACUAUGGGGGAACCAUACCAGUCCUUGUACAAUUAUACCCCACGUAAUGAAGAUGAGCUGGAACUAAGGGAAGGUGAUGUGAUCGAUGUCAUGGAAAAGUGUGAUGAUGGAUGGUUUGUGGGCACUUCUAGAAGGACAAAGUUCUUUGGGACGUUCCCCGGAAAUUAUGUAAAGAGGCUGUGAAUGUAUUUUAUUGCGUUUGAUGCCUGACACUUCACGUCUGUUUCACAUUGCUGGGAAGCACGCUUGUAUUUUCUCACAUGAACUGGUUCACGUGUAAUCCUGCUGCUACCUGCCAGCCUGUUCUAGCAGUAUUAGAGCCCGUCUAUUCAGUUCUCAUCACUUCUGACAAUAUUCCUGCACCAAUCGUUACUUGUUACUCUUCAUAGCACACACUGCCUUUUGUGAAGCUGGUUCAUCCAAUUAGAAAUGCAGUGCAAACUACCUAGUGACAUGAGGUAUUAACAGAUGUUUGUAUGUUUAAGUACAUGAUCUUGGAGGCAGAUACAGCUGGAACACUAUCAAUGUUAGCAUGGGCAGCAUUGGCAAAUGCCAGGGGUGCCGAGAGGGGGCUUCAAUGCCCCCUUCAGCUGCAAAGUUUCUGCAGAGGGCCAGGCGUGAUAGGCCAGCCCCCUAGUACUGGGGCCUGACAGUUCUGUUGGUGGCCCAGGAUACCGCUACUAAUACAGAGGGAGUCUUACAAAUUCCUGUAAAUGAAAGCCUUUGGACUCUUAGGAUCCUGCCCUGUGGUAUAGGGAUUCAAAAAUAUCUAAUGUAUCCUCGGAAUAAGAAAAUAACCUUUUCUAAUAAUCUGGGAACGGACUUCGCUUGAUGAAACAUAAGGUCUCCACACAAAAGAAUAAAAGAAAUGGGAAAGUAUUUAUUUGCACUUGGAGUUUUUUUCCAUUUAUCCAUCUAUGACAAAUUGUGAUUUUUUUUUCUUUAUGGAAUAGUUCAAUGAGAAAGACAUUUGGGAAAACUGACUACCUGGUAAAAGCAGAACGUUGCUGUAACCAACAGCAACCAACCAGAAUCUGCCAUUUUUCUACAUCUGAUGGGUUUCUAGUUUCCUAGACACUUUUUGUACUAGUUUUCUUAAAUGUUCCCCCCUCUUCAGUGGGAUCAUGAGUGAUAAGUCAUUUAUUUUAUUUUAAUUGUAUAGGAGAUGUACCCAUACAUACACCUAAAUGUAGUGGUAUACAGAAAUCCCACCUCGUCCUGGCAGCUAGACUGGCAUGUACUCCUGUCACCAGCUAAUGAGACUGAUAUAGUUUCUUCUAGUACAGUAAGGGCAUGUACAGUAUUGAGAAUUACUCCGUGUGAGUACAUGUGACAUAAAUGACAGCAGCAAGUCAAUCAUACUAACUUAAUUGUGAAAUAUACUGUGUGUUUAAAUUGUGGCCUGAUAAAGGCACUAUGACCUAUCGCUCUUUAUAAUUCCCAAUUGAUUUCUCUAAAUACAUACAAUAAACUAGCACUGCAGCCUUGCUUAUAGCUUUUGUAAUAUUGCUAGCCACAAGAAGUGGUUCUCUCUACGUUAUCCAACUUAGGUGCUAAUUCAGACCGGAUUGCUGCUGUGCGGGUGAUCAGGUCUGAACUGCGCAUGCGAUCGUGAGAAGAUUGACAGGAAGAGGUCGUUUGUGGGUGGCAACUGACCGUUUUCAGGGAGUGUCUGGAAAGACACAGGAGGGACCCGACGUUUUGUGGGAGGAUUCAUGACAUCAACUCCGGUCCCGAUCAUGGCAGCGGCUGAAUAAGUCCUGGGCUGUGCAGAGACUGCACAAACUGCUGCACAUGCGAUCGCACCCCUGCAUAGCGAAUUCCCCCUGUAGGCGGCGACUACCUGAUUGCAGGGAUGCAAAAUUGCAACCUAGCGAUCAGGUCUGAAUUACCUUCUUAAUGUCUUGUACUACAUACAUUUCUUCCUCUAUACUAAAUGCAGGUGCUGACAGAAUGCUUCUAUUACCCAAGCUAGGGGUGGCUGAAACACCUGACAUCAGUGCCAGUCCUGCAUUAUGUAACAGGAAGCUGGCCUAUCAGGAGAGGGAAUAGCAAAGUAAUUGUACAAUACUAGUGGUGAAACAGCAAUAGCAGUUUGCUAUACCAUCCUUAAAAAUGAUUCGCUGAAUAAUGACACACACACUUAUUCUCAGUAUACUACCAUUUAGUGCACAGGGUUAUUUAACAUUAUAAAUAAUGUGGAUAUAUAGCGCUCAACCCCUUUAUUUACACUGUCUGUGGACAGAAUUGAUAUUGAUAAUUGAACUCAAUUGCGGUCAGCAAUAACCACGGUUUUCCAUCUAAUCCAUUCCCACAGCAUUUUUGUUUAUUUACCUGUGGUGAGAAACAUCUCACAACAAUUUGGACAUUUUUGCACGGUCAUAAUUAAGAUUCCCACACAGUUAGAAAGUUACUAACAACAGCUAAUUAGUUAGGAGCACUGUGUCUCCUCAAUUUAAACUAAUUGGUUAAUACAUUUCCGUUCACUGCAUAAUUCUUUUUCACUAUAUUGUCAGGCUGUGUGCAAGUGUUCCCACUGCAUCAUAUCAGAACACUCUGUUACUUACAACAAACACUAUUUGUCAUCUAGCAGUUUAUUCAGGUUUACUACACCUUUAUUGUAACAUCCUUGACAACAGAUAGUGUAAAUAAAGGGGUUGAGUGCUAUAUAGCCACAUUAUUUAUUAGUUAACAAACAAGACGGACGUACUUGUUCUAUAUUAGUAGCACUCCCCGAUACAUAUAGAUACCACGAUGCGCAGUAAAAACCACAAUUUCCUUAUUUAACAUUAUGGAUGGCCAUUGAUCAUAGAGGAUUUGAAAACAGCGAUGGUCUAUGCCCGAUGUUGAAUGCUUUUGCCAUCAAUGGGGUAGAACCAGAUGGCUUUCUGCUAUCGAUGGUAGAUUUGGGCCCAAUUUUUUUUUUUUAUUUAUUUUUUUUUUUUAAUGGUUAUUGAGUGCUGCUGCACAGAUCUGCUAGUUGCUGGUUGAUGAAACAGUGUGGAGUUGUAGUACAGAUACACAUCCCAGCAGGAGGGUCUGCGACAUCCUGCAGCUCUUUGGCAGUUGUCAAACUACAUUUCCCAUGAGCCCCUGCUAUAGACUCCUGUGAGUGGGGAUUCUGGGGCAUGUUGUCACAAAACUGGCUGGCUGAUGUACUUCUGCUCACUCACCCACCAGCCAAUCAACCAUGCCACCACCUUGAUUGUUCGCCUCAUGAACCAGUAAGGAUUGGAGGAGGAAGUGUGAUGGUGUAGUGUCUGCCAGGAAGUGGGCGGGGCCAGGUAGCUACUGAUCUAUUAAGAGGUCAGCUGUGUGAGGAGAGCAGGAACUCGGCAAGACUCCUCCUGUGUCUGUUAGAGCAGCUGCAGUACGGAUAGCGCAGCGGCAGCUGCUGGAGAUGCAUGUAUCAUCUGCACAUGCGUAAAAUGUCGAUGGUAAGAACCAACGAUGAUACAUUGUAGCAUAAAUCCAUCUCUAUUUAAAAUUCAGUACAGGGUAUGAUGUAUCAGUAACAAGUGUGUUCACUCCAUGUAUAGUUAUGAGAAUAUAUUAGAUCUUUCUGCAUUUCACAUUCUUCUAUAGGAAUUUCGCACUACAAGUCACCAGUAUUGAGCCUGACACAGAUUCUCAUGAGUUUCACAAUUUGGCUUUUGUGUACCUACCAUGUUAUAAAGUAAGUCUAUGGAUACAGCAUUGUGUUAUGGAAUAGCAGUGACAAGCUGUGAGGGUGCCAUGAUGAAGCCCAAUCGCAAAGUGUUAUUGCUGACAAAUGUGGUCCUAGGGGCUGAUAAUGGUGAGCCCCAGGAUAACUGACUGAGGAAAUGCUCUGUAGCUUUCACAAACACAGAGUGUAAUGCAGAGCAUGCUGCAACUUGUAGUUCUACUACAGCUAGAAAGCCAUUAAUUGCUCAUUCAACAGGAAAUCACAGUAGAAUAUUGAGGUUUACAGCUUCCCAGAGAGCCUCCAAAGGCGUCAUUAUAUGACAUAGUGACGGUGAUUGAAUUAAAGCGAUGGCCCUGAUUUGCUGCUCCCAAAUGGUGCACACGGUCAGCAGCAUCUUUCCGCUUUUUACUCUCGCCCCAUAGAGGUAUGCAGCAAAUAUGUGCGGCCUACCCUAUAUUAUAUAUACAAUCCUUACCCCCAAAAAAUUGUUUCAUGAUAUUAGAAGUCUGCACCUUUGCAUGAAUACGGUUUUCUUAAAUCUGCAUUAUUUUACUAUGCCCCUAAUAACAGCUACAUCUUACACACCUAAAGCAGACAGGCUGGGAGGUAAGAAGCCCUGUAUUUUACCACAAACUACUGUAAUGUUACUGCCGACUUUCACAUUGAAAUAUAUCAAUAUAUAUUUUAACUAAAUGAAAAGAUAAUACACCCUAAUUUCUACCAUUCAGCAAGUCUACAGAUGGAUGCUGCACACUAAGGUGCACAGGAACUUUCUGCCAAAGGGAGUUAUACUGUAUAUAUACUUAUAAGAAUCUUCUGCAAUAUUAUAUAUAAAUGACAUAAAAAUAAAAAUAUGUAUAGUGAUUGGAUACCAACCCCCACCCACCCCCCGGGCAAACAAAAUGGUGUGCUCCUGCAGCAGACACGUGUUCGUGAAGGUAUAAAAUAAGUAUAGGGGUACUGAUUAGAUCAUUUGCCAAUGAAAUGGCUUGCCGGAAGGAGCUUAACAAGUUUGAAAAGGGGAUCAUCGUAGACUAUACAAUGUCAGAGUCUAGCUCUUAACCCCAAAGAGAACCUCUGGGAUGAAUUGGAGUGACGGGUGCAUUCUAGACCGGCUCUGCAUUCUUCAGUGUUGCAGUUGGUCACUUUACUUAAGGUAAAAUGACAAAACAUACCUGCUGUUGUCCACAAACUUGUGGACAGUUUGCCAAGAAGUCAGGGCCGUCUUUUUGUAUGGGCUCAGUGGGCAGUUGCCCAAGCGCCCCAGGGAGUAUAAUGACCCUAGGCUGAUAGCUGAGGGUCAUCUUUUGCCAGGGGUACCAAAUUUUUUAAAACCGUCCCUAGAAAACGGAUGAUAUCUGAAUUCAAAGCAGUGGGUGGUUCCCAUCUGAGCUUGUAAAUUGCUCUUCCCAGCCAGAUAUCUCGGGUUCUGUCUUAGUUUUUCUGAGGGAAUACUUCAAAAGCUGGGACUCUCCCCUAUUGGUGGAUACUGGAAGCUUGUCUCUUCUAUGCCCAGAUCCAGAGUUAUCAGCCUUCUAGCAGCUGGUAUCUGCUCCAGCUCCACAUGCCUGGUAUGCAGUUUUAUGUUUCCGUUGGUGGAUUGCUCUGGUUCCUGAACUCUGAUCCCCAAGUCUCUAGUACCUCCUGAAAGGUGGGACUCUCUAGUUGUUUAAUCCCAUUGAAAGCUAAGAAAUCUAUUUCCAGGAACUUUAGAUAUCUGCAGUGAAGCAAGCUGCCCUCCCACUGGAAAAUUAUGAUUAUUAAGCCCACUCCACUAUCCACCCCCUUCUACAGUUUAGUGUUCUCCCUUCCGCCCCAUCUCACACCAUCUGUGCAGUAAAGGAGUAAUUAGCAAAAAUUACUGCUCCAGGUCCUGCAUGGUGAACAGAAUAUACAGUAGAACACCCCCUACCACCCAUGGGACAUCAAAGCUGCCGCUGAUAGCACCCCCCACCCCUACCGUUAGAGGAUGGGUAGGGGCCCCAGUGCAUUGCUUUACCCAGGGGCCUACACUGCUGUUAAGACGGCCCAGAGUAGGGUGUCGGCAGUAAUCAUUGCACAUGGUGGGCCUCUCACUGCACUGACAUCAACAAAAUCUCAUUGAUCUAUUUGCGGUCAUUGCCCAAUCAGCCUUUAGCCACAUAGUGUAUAUCUUCAUUAAAUUGCAGGAAAUGUUUGUAAAUUCUAGCUAUUUUGAUUCCGAUGAAGGAAAAAGUAAUUGGCUAUGAAAGUAAUAACUCAUAUUACAUUUAUAAAGAUAUCUAGCAGUGUUUCUGUGAAUUUGGCCAGUCACCUCUAAAUCACAGCUUCAUUUCUAUAUACUUAUUGUAUGAACAAAUUACAGUAAAGAGAAUAUCUCCCAUGCCUAUAUACAACUGAACAUAAAGCUGAUAAGCAAAUUUAGUUUCUUAUGCAUCCAGUUACAUAUUUGAGUGUUUAAAUAAUAAUCAAUGAAAUAAAACAAAAACCUGUAAAAUAAAAUUUAAAAAAAAUGGGAAGUGAGAGGCGACACGGUAAAGAAGCUAGAUGGUAAGGGAAGAUGUAUUAGAAACACUUAGAUUAACAACAUGGAGGCAGGUAAAGGAGCAGUAUACUUCAAACAUGGACAUUUUUCUUAUACCAGAUUCACUGUGAGGAAUUUCCAUGAUCUAGCAACAGCUAAUUUAGCAAAUAAAAGGUCUUUGACACAUGUGGGCUGGCAAGGUGUGAGAAACUACCUGAGAUACUGUAAGUCCAAUGUUACUGACUCAAGCAGUAAACACUAUGAGGCACAAUCAUAAAGAUCAAACUAAAUAAUUAAUGCGAAAAAGGAACGAAAUAAAACCUUAUCUGCACUUUCUAUCCGGCCUCUACAUAGGAAGCAGUUAUGGAGCUUUUAAGGUGUUGAACGAGAUUUUAAACCAGUCUCAAAGAGUUAACUCACCACCCACGUCUAGACACUAGGGACGAAAUUCUAAUCUUUUUGACGCCUGCAGCCACUAGAUGGCGCCCAACAGAGAUAUUCAAAUAUAGCUCUGUUCAGGCGCGAUUGGCUAAUGGCGCCUACAUUUCAGCUCGCACCCAUCGGUGCGAGCUGAAAUGUUUGAAAAGACACUUUUCCCGAUCGCGCCUAUUACUUUAGUUGGGUUUAGCUAAACCCGAAACUAAUAAGCACGAUUAGCACAAUAGGGGACAUCAAAUAAAUAUCGCCCCCUGCGAUCUCACGUCACUUUAGAUGGGAGAUCGGGGACAAUAACAUUUGAAUUCCCCUCUAGGAAGAUUAAAACUGUUUUGAAAGAUCCAACCUCAAAGACCCCAAGUACAUUCAACCAAAAACUGUCAUAGAGGUUAUAUCCUAGAAGUAAGAAAUCUGGGAGUGCACACCUGGAGGCAAAUCAUCAUUCGGGAAUGCUGCAAAGAAUGCGUCCCCAAUUGGAUGAUUGUCUUCAUCUCUAAUUAAAGGCAAGUUUAGAGGGGCCAGAGGUGAAUAAGUCAUAAGCCAUCGCACAAUGGAGAAGUGCCAAGACCAGAGAGGUAGCAUUCUCCUGUCUCAAUACGGACCCAUCCAGGGGCCUCUUAGUUUAGAACACUAAAGAGUACCUUGCAGACAAAACCAAUAAGUCUAGCCUUUAUUUAUAAAUUAACACCUCCAUUUUUUAUUAUUCAUGAUUGCCUGCCUCUCAAGUUUCCCUAUGUACUUCUUAACCACUUGUCUGCCAUGGUUGCAUUGUUUGCAACCACAACCGGCAGUGCAUUAUCUGAUCGCAAAUGAUGCCUCCAGUCAGAUACACAGAGUGGCCAGCUGCCGGAAGAUGCUCUUCUAGCAGCCGCUAAUCACAGAGGGCCCUCCCUCCUCUGCCGCCCUGCACCCACCCCCAUUGUCUACCAUGCUGCUGAUCACUGCUGAUCAGGCAGCACAGUAGGACCACCCACCCAACAACUGCACAGAGGAGAAGCUGCUCAAACAAUUUAAAUUCACCCCCUAGUGCAGUGAUGGCUAAUCUUGACACUCCAGCUGUUGUUGAACUACACAUCCCAGCAUGCCCUGCAUCAGUUUUAGCAAGGCCAAAUAGCAAAACUGUAGCAGGGCAUGCUGGGAUGUGUAGUUCAACAACUGCUGGAAUGUCAAGGUUAGCCAUCACUGCCCUAGUGUGUACCAGAUGAGCAGGUACUGGGAAAAUCAAAGUUGCAUUGGUUUCCAAUGUUCCAAUUGUGAUCUGAUUUCCUGAUGUUUGUGGGGGGCAAAAAAACUAUAUUUUACAAAUAUUGAAAAAUAAAGGUUUUUUUUAAUAAAAUCAUUUUGGAUAAGUUUAAAUACAUGUUCUUCACCUAAUUCACUCUUACAAAAUAAUUUUUCAGCAGUUUUUGAAAAAAAUAUUUACCAGUUUUAAGUUAAAAGAAAUAAAAAAUGUGGUUAAAGUUGUUACCCAUAUUCAAGCUUUAGUUGCAUGAUCUGAAGUUCCUUCUAAAAACACAAACUGUAAAAGCCAUAUUUUUGUAGUUCAUGUGUGAUAAAUAUACAUUUUUAGAUUUUUUUUUUAUUCUUAAGGUUUUUCAGAUUUGAGACACACAAACUGAAUUUGGGAACACUUGAGUGACAAUUUUUAACUUGGCUUUGAUUGUGUUUAAUAUUUGACUGCUUAACAAGAUGUGGUAACAAAUGAGACCUUAAGCCAAUCAGUGUGUCCUUUAAGUUGUACUAGUUUUCUAAUUUAUAGCAUACGCCAGGUUCAGCCUAUCAAUUCACUAGUAACUUGUGACAUUACAGAGGCAUGAGAUCCAAAAGUUUCUAGCAAACGGAAAAACAGCUGCCUCUAAUAUGUCCAUAACAAUGAAUAGGCCCCCAGUACAGAACAGCGUCACAUCAUGUGUCUAAACAACUUAUUAAAUACUGCUUAAUGCAUUGCUCUUUUUGUCCGACCCAAGCAGCUCCAUUAAUUUGUAGUAUUUUGUAAAUACUUUACCUGGUUCUUUGUACAGAGUGUCUGUACUGUCUCGUCCUCUCUGUAAUCAGGAGCGUCAGAACCAGCAUAACGAUACCAGCCUUUCUCUGCUCUCUGCCACAAUAGGCAGUUCAAAUCUGUAUAAUAGCCUUUUAUGGACAAUUUUGUGAAACGAUUUGGUUUUACCAGUGGUAUCUAAAUGUACAUAUUUAUUUGUUACAAAGAAAUGCUAUAUAGAGAAACCUCUCUUUUGCAGUAUACAGUAUUUCAUGUUGAAGAACUAAAGAAGCUUUAUAUUUUGAAGGCUUUGAAUUUUACAGUUGUCCUACUGCAUGCAGCGUUGCUAUAAGCACCUACUUUUCAUGAUGUUUCUAUGGAGGAAUUCGGUGUCUAAUUCAGGCAUGGCUUUCCUUGGCCACGCAGCAGCUCCUGAACAACAUCUCCAAUGUGAUCAUAAAUGGUAGCUAAGCAUCAUGGGAGAUGCCCCUCCAGAGUAGCUGGUGUAGAAAGGCUUGCCUAUACCUGAUGUAUUGCCUGUAUUAUUGAAAGCGCACUGUUUCUACUCUCUGUAUCUAAUUAAAAUAAAGUAUUUGAUACCUGACUACCAGAUAAUUAACUUUGAAUUCUUACAAGCAAACAGUAUUUGUGUUAUUUACCAAUUUUUUUUUAUUUUUUUUUUGGUUUCCUUCAAUAGACAUCUAAUAAAUUUUGCCUGUAAUAAA